CCCCAGAACUGGCUCCGUUUCGGGGUUUCUGAGGGUAAUUUAUGGAACGUGCAAGGCAACAGAGGAUUACUUAAUGGCAGGAGUGGUAGGAACGAUCAUUGCUCAGGAGGUGCUGGAGCUGCCUGGCUCCGGCUGCAUGGCUGCCGGGCAUUAGGACCCGGAGGUUGCUCAGUGGAGGAGGCUGAAGCUCCCUCCCGCUGUCAUCCUCGCUGCCGCUGCAGCUUUAUUCCUCAUCUCCUUCAAUGGUGACUGGCUACCUCCCGCCCGGACUGGCAGCCGGAGCGACGAGGCCUCGCUACGACUAGUUCCCAGGAGCGGUUCCUGGCGGGCUCCAUGGCAUCUCCCAGGACUAUCACCAUCAUCGCCCUCUCGGUGGCCCUGGGGCUCUUCUUCGUCUUUAUGGGGACCAUCAAGCUGACCCCGCGGCUGAGCAGAGAUGCUUACAACGAGAUGAAACGAGCAUACAAAAGCUACGUGCGGGCCCUCCCCAUGCUAAAGAAGAUGGGAGUCAGCUCCAUCCUCCUCCGCAAGAGCAUUGGUGCCCUAGAAGUGGCCUGUGGCAUUGUCAUGACACUGGUGCCCGGUCGCCCCAAAGACGUGGCCAACUUUCUCCUCCUCCUCCUUGUGCUGGCUGUGCUCUUUUUCCACCAGCUAGUGGGGGAUCCGCUGAAGCGCUACGCCCAUGCCCUGGUCUUUGGGAUUCUGCUCACCUGCCGCCUGCUGAUCGCCCGCCAGCCUGAGGAGCAGCCGCCAGAGAAGAGGAUCCUCUCGGUGAAUGGGGAUGAGCAGCCACUCAUCCACGAAGCAGCUUCUGAGAAAGGCAAGAUGAAGGUAUCCUAGUAGAGUGCGUGUGCGAAAUACGGACCCUCGAGGCAGCUCCCUCCAAAGUCACCCAGAAAAUUUGGGGUUUAUUUACUUAUUUAUACCUUUUUUUCUUUUCUUUUUUUUUUUUUUGGUCUAAAUAAAGUUGCUCUUGGGGUCUGUGAGACACAUGGUAUGUCUACACUGUAGUCUUGCUUUUGCUGCUGCCCUGUAAUUCAGAAAAACACAAGCUAGCUUUCACCAGGACAGCAUGGAGGUACAGUGGGCAGCCUGGCUGGAGUAGUGCUAGCCUCAGCAGGAGCUGUAAAACCAGCCUGAGAGCAUGGGCAAAGAGUUGGGCAGGUAGUCAUGCUCACUUGGUACUGCUGCAGGAGGGAGAUUCACCUCUGAACAUCAGCCCUGAGCCCCAUGGCGGUUGAAACCUAGCCUGGAUGCACUCGUCCGGUGUGGCGGUGUUGACAACAGCAGCUGGGUAGAACAUAACCAGAGUGUCCUUGUGCCAGCCUGUGCAGCCCCAUCCACAAAUCCACAUUUCCUUUCCCAUAGUCGAGGGUGGAAAGAACCCUACUGAGCACUGAAGUGCUAUUUGUUGUGUUUGAGAGGGAUCCCAUAGCCUUUGCUGCUUCUGUGCCCAGUCCUUUCUUUGGACUGGUUAUCCAGGGAAAAACACUCAAUGGCAAAUACCAUUCUGCUCCCUGUUUCCUUGUAAGAGAAAGAACCUAGAAGAAUCUCCCUUUCCCACACCUACUUUAUAGAGUUGUCAGUUAUUGCUGAUAAAUGAGGGUCUUAACACGUCCAGGUACCUCACUGUUCAUCCCACAUACAGCUUUGGUGAGCAGGGGCAGGGGAGAAGUCCUGCCACUAGAGCCUGAAUCCCUGUGUGUUGUACAUGAAAUCCUAGGGAGUGUCGUAGGAAGCAUGUGUUACCUCUGCGUGCGUUUGUUUCUCUUGAUGUUUGUCUGUUUUCACUUCUUCCUUAUUUUCUUAAUUAUUCAUGAAAAUAAACUUUUUGAAAUUUGGAGAAAAAU